AUGGACCACCUCCCUGAGCCCGCGGUCGAGCUGUGGCACAAGGUCGUGCCACUGGGCCUGAUCUUCUUCGCGGCCAGCUUCAACCUGACGAUCCUGCAGUCCCUGAAAGACUCAAUCGUGGUCGUCGCGAGCGGCGCGGAGACGCUGCCGUUUUUGAUGUCUCUGUGCGUGCUGCCGGCCUCGCUGGCGUUCUUCGUCGCGUACGGGAACAUGGUCUCGCGACUCCCCGAGCGGUCGGUCUUUUACGCCGCCGUCGCCCCCCUCCUCGCCUUCUACGCGCUCUUCGCCGCCGUCAUCUACCCCGCCGCGCCCGCGCUGCACUUCGACGCCGCGGCGCUGCUGGGCGCGGUGCCCAGCGGGCUGCACGGGUUGGUCAAGGUCGUGUCGAACUGGACAUACUCGCUGUUUUUCUGCUUCGCGGAGCUCUGGGGCAGCGUCGUCAUCAGCGUGCUGUUCUGGUGGGUAGAGCUCUGA